AUGGAGUUGAAGCUUAGGGCUGUGGUGGUCGCAAUGGCGAUGGUUCUCCUAAUGGUGGCGGCAUCCACCACGAAGGCGGCGGACCAGAGCCUGUGCAAGAUGACCCAGGAGGGGCUGGCGGCGUGCAAGCCGUGCAUCGCGAUGGUGAAGCCGGAGGAGAAGCCGAGCGAGGCCUGUUGCGCGGCGUUGAAGCAGGCCGACCUGCCGUGCCUUUGCUCCUACAAGAACUCCGACCUGCUGCCCUACCUCGGCAUCGACCCCAAGCAGGCCAUGCAGCUCCCCGCCAAGUGCAACAUCGCUCCUCCCCAGCCAUGCUGA